ACCCAAUUCGAAUUCGCACAAGACAAUGGCGAUUGACUACUACCAGGUGCUCGGCGUCGCCAAGACCGCGACCGACGACGAGCUCAAGAAGGCCUACCGCAAGAUGGCGCUCAAGUGGCACCCGGACAAGAACCCGGACAACGCCGAUGCGGCGCAGAAGAAGUUUCAAGAGGUCAACGAAGCCUACGAAGUCCUCAGCGACAAGCAAAAGCGCGCAAUCUACGAUCAGUACGGCGAGGAGGGCCUGAAGGGCGGCAUGCCGCAGCCCGGCGGCAGCCCCAGCGGCGCCGGCGGCUUCUUCCCCGGCGGCAGCGCAUCGUUUGGCUCAUCAGGCGGCUUCCCCGCUGGCUUUUCGUUUCACUCGACCGACCCGACCAAAAUUUUCGAGCAGUUCUUUGGCACGUCCAACCCGCACGAGGCCGAGCACAUGGACCCGAUGUUCAUGUUUUCCAACAUGGGCAUGGGCCGCCAGGGCUCGUUUGGCGGCGGCUUUGGCAGCCCGCAACGGAAGGCCAAGCGCCCCGAGCCGCUCAAGCGCGACCUCGAGUGCACGCUCGAGCAACUCUACACGGGGUGCACCAAGAAGCUCAAGAUUACGCGCAAAAUUUACGACGACCGCACCAACGCCAUGCGUGAAGAGGAGAAGAUCCUCGAGGUCAAAGUCCAGCCGGGCUGGAAGGCCGGCACCAAGCUCACCUACGAGGGCGAAGGCGACCUCUUGCCCGGGCGGGCCGCCCAAGACAUCAUGUUUGUCAUCCAAGAAAAGGCGCACCCCAAGUUCAAGCGCGACGGCGACACGCUCAUUUACACGGCGAAGAUUUCGCUCAAGGAUGCGCUCGUCGGCAAUGGCACGCUCUCGAUCAAAACGCUCGACGGACGCAACGUCAACCUUCGCCUCGACGGCGUCGUCACGCCGACAACGCGCAAGGUGUUUGUGGGCGAAGGCAUGCCGCUCUCCAAGACGCCGCAGCGCCGCGGCGAUCUGCACGUGCAUUUCGAUAUCCAGUUUCCCACCUCGCUGAGUACGACGCAGGCCGACUUGCUUCGCCAGGCACUCUAAUCGUAUAGCUCAACAGUGCAAGGUAGUCGACUAAUAUAUAUGUAUGUAUUGACGUUGAAAGACGACGACUCGG